UUUAUAAACAGUUUUAUUGCUACAGAAUAAAACGAUCUUCAACUUCUUCAGCUAUCCUAUCAGGUUUCGUCCUCUGUUGUAAGAAUACUUUAAAAGUUCUGCAAACUUUAUUACAUAUCUAACAUUCAAGAUGCAGACAGAAGCAAACCCAACUACCUCAGAGGAUCCUCAUAGCAUGGCUCCAAAUGAAACCAUGCAAGAGAUCGUACCAUAUCCUGACUUUACACAAAUUCCUGCCGUAAGGUACGUGUUUGUUGCAGCAUAUCUCAUAGUGAUGGUGCUAGCUGUGAUAGGCAAUGCCAUGGUUUGUUGCACCGUUUUCACCAAUCGCAAAAUGCACACCGCUGUGAAUUAUUACAUAGUGAAUUUGGCAGUCUGUGACUUCAUGGUCGGUAUAUUCGUACUGCCUGUCAAACUGAUGGAACUUACAUCACCUGCUGAUUGGGGAAUUCUGAACGAUGAACUGUGUACUACGUUUAUGUACUUGCAGACCAUCUUCGUGUUUGCCAGCGUUUUGACACUUGUUGCUAUAUGCAUAGAAAGAUACAUGGCAGUUCUUCAUCCUCUGGAAUCGCGCAUGCACCAGACCAAAGCAAGAGCCAAGCGCAUCUUAUGUAUGGUCUGGAUCAUCCCCUGCUUUGUGGCUGCACCCUUUCUCUACCGUGCAGCAGCUUACUCAAACACCUUGCAGAGCUCCUACGGCGAGAUCUCCAGACUCACCUGUUUCACUAACCUGCCAGAUAGUGUCAGGAAGGGCUACUACACUUUCCUGUUCGUCUUCAUCUACAUCUUGCCACUCACCUUCAUUGCAGGGACAUGCUUGCAGGUUGCUAGGUGCCUGCUCAAGGAUAUACCAGUGCAUCGACAAGGAAGUAUAAGAAGGCAGGAGGCCAAUAGAAGGAAGGUGGCCAAGAUGGUGUUGAUGGUGGUUCUGGCUUUCGUCAUUUCCUGGACGCCCUAUUUCUUGGUGAGCAUCAUCACGCAAUACCAAGCACAGAAUUUCAUGGAACACCACAAUUUCUUUUUCACGAUGCUCUGCAUCAAUCUGUUUGCAUUCAUCAACUCCUGCGUGAACCCGUUCAUCUACGCAGCCAUGAGUACCAGAUUCAGGAACGGAUUUCGGCGCUGUUUCCGGUUCAUUUUUAUGUGGGCUCUAUGCAACGCAGGCGCAGAAGAGGAGAAUUCUGCAGCCCUCAAUCCGGCCAACCCAGAAAGAAAUGCAAAGCGGGUCCGAUUUCGAUGUCAGGCUCAUAUGUCCUGCCUACUGACCCAGAGCUCUUCUGACGGAGGUAGCAACGCCAACAGUGAAGCCAGCAUGCGCACAGCAUGCACUGUGGAUGCCAAUGGUCGCCCAAUCAGUUCAAUUAUGAGAGCCUUCACUAAAAAGCGGUCCAGCCAGAAGAUAAUCGCUCAGUACAUAAAAAAAACCGGUGCCAUCAGCUUGGCCAAUGCCAACAACUUGCAGGUCAGCAUCCAGAAUAAUAAAUAUGACCCUCUUUACCCCAGGAACAGCAGCCUGUUGAGUCAACUCUCUCCAGCCAAGCCUAAGCUAGACAGAAAGCAUAGCUCUAGCUUGGGAGAUGUUUCUAAGUUAAAUCAAUCUACUUCGGAGAUUUCUUCAAUUCAGCCGAAAAGAUGUUUCUCUUGUCUGACAAUCUCUAGUGACGGAAGAUGA